AUGAGACACCCAAAUUUCAGGCCCUUGCUUGAGACAACCUGUCUGUCUUUGCUGCUCCUAUCUGCAGUCGACUUGAAGUGUAAUUUAAAAACCAAGUAUCAAAAACAGAAUGUGCUACUUGGGCAGAUUGGUGCUGGAUGUACCUACAAGGCUCUGGUAGAGAGCAGCAGCACAAAAAAUCCCAUCACAAUGAUCAAGAAGGAAUUUCCAUGGUGGGGGGAAUUGCAUGGAUGGUGGCACACAAACCAUGCCUACAAUAGCACCUGGAGUGCAGCUGAUAGUGGGCAGAAAUUCACAAGGCAUGUGGUUGAGCUGUUCAAGCUGUGGCCAGACCCAUUAGGUGGGGAUCCCAGUUUUUCCUCAGCAGAAGAUUUGAUGAGUGUGGAUGUCAAGAUGCCAUUGCUGAUGAUCCAACUGCUCCCUCCCCCAUUCUGUUCUGAGCAGGGGUCAUCAUCAUCUGCAGCCCCACCACUCCCCCACUUCAGAUCAUCACCACUAUCUGCUGCUCCCUUGCCUGUGCUAUUUUUUUCUGAGUCAAUGUUUGCCUCCCCAUCCCCCCUCCCAUUUUUUUCUCAAAAGCCCGCACCAUCUCCCCUUCCUCCUGUUGCAUCUGAGCACUUGUCACUUGCCCCAUUGCUGUCCCCCAUGCCUGGGUCACCUGCCAUCCUGUCCCUCCACCCCUCUGUUUUUAACAAGGGCAAUCCUAUCAACUUGAAUGACAAUCCCCCCUUCCCAUUUGUAUCCCCCUGUCCAAAACUCCAGCCCAUACAUCCAUCCCUUGAACAGGACCAAGCCCUUCUUAAACCCAGCUGUCAUCAAAGUCAUCCUCAGUUCCAACAGGCACAACAAGAAAGGUCAGAGGUGAAAUGUCACCAUCUCCAGUACAGCUACUGGAAGGAGAAUGGGAAGGCCAACAGCCACCUGGCUGAAUGCCAGCACCAGUUCACAAUGCAGCAUGAGCAGUAUGCCCAUGAGGAAGCUAUGGUAGCUCAGGAGCUAGAGAAGAUGAAACUCACAGUGAAGUUGGAAGAGCUUUGGGGGCAGAACCUAACCCUGCAGAGGGGUGUAGCUGGUGGUGAGGACCAAGGCCCUUCAUUGACUAAUGAAGAUGUUCACAAACUCAACAACAGUUUAUGA